AGUUUCGUAAACAUCCAGCCGGAGUGAGCGGAAUUACUGCACUGGUGUCCAAUAUUUCUGCGUGUAUGGAAAUUGGGGCCGGGUACCAGUGUGUACAGGUCGGUCUCUUUUUCUCCUCGUGGAAAUCGCCAUGAAGGCCCAAGGAAUGCUGAAGGAGUUCGAGGUGAUCGGUCGGGCCAUCCCGACCGACAAGCAGCCCCUGCCCGCGCUCUACAAGAUGCGCAUCUUUUCCUCAGAAGAGGUCUCAGCCAAGUCUCGCUUCUGGUACUUCAUCAAGAAGCUCAAGAAGAUCAAGAAGACCAGGGGAGAGAUCGUGUCUUGCAGGAAGAUCUACGAGACCAAGCCAACCAAGAUCAAGAACUUUGGCAUUUGGCUUCGCUACGACUCCCGCAGCGGCACCCACAACAUGUACAGAGAGUACCGUGAUCUGACCACUGCUGGGGCUGUCACUCAGUGCUACCGUGACAUGGGAGCUCGUCACCGUGCCAGAGCUAGCAGCAUCCAGAUCAUGAAGGUGGAGACGGUUUCGGCCAAGAAAUGCCGACGACCCAACAUCAAGCAGUUCCAUAACUCCAAGAUCAAGUUCCCGUUGGCUCACCGCACCCAGCGCACCUUCAGGCCCAUCUUCACCACCAGAAGGCCCAACACCUGCUUCAACUAGACACACCCUGCAAACACAGAAGGGUGCAUUACUGUCCGCCCCACACAGGGGUCAUGGUUGAAUAUAUACAGGGGUCAUGGUUGAAUAUACAGGGGUCAUGGUUGAAUAUACAGGGGUCAUGGUUGAAUAUACAGGGGUCAUGGUUGAAUAUACAGAGGUCAUGGGGUCAUUUGUAGACUCCAACACCAGUGGGUUAUAACUUGUGUCUGACAAGGUAUAUUACAGAGUUUGUAAUUCAGUCUGUGAAUAAAAGGCUUUGAAAUGAACAGCCAACAUAAACCCAA